AUGUAUGUUCAAUACCUAAAACGCGCGGAUCGGAAUACGAUGAAGGAUUGGACUGUGGUGAAUGGUGAAGAAAUGUGGCAAUUCUUUGCCCUGGCGCUGAUGAUGGGGCUCAUUAUCAAACCGGAAAUAAAGGAUUAUUGGUCUACUGAUUUGAUGUUUUCUAUCCCAUUUUUUGGCCAUUUUUUGGUCAUGUCAAGGAAUAGCUAUUUUCUUACUAGAUUUGAGUCAAUCCUUCGUGGAUUCCAUCUGGUGGACAAUGAUACCGUCCCACCCAACAAUAAAGAUCGUUAUAUAAAGUUUGGAAGUUUUAUGGACAAGCUGUUUCAAAAUUUCCGGAAAGCAAUAAAUUUGGGAUCAUUUCUCACGGUGGAUGAAACUUUGCUCUCGUUCAAAGGGAGGUUAUCUUUCAAGCAAUAUUUAAAAGACAAGAGAGCCAGAUUUGGAAUGAAGCUAUAUCUCCUCUGCGAUUCGGCUAGCAGAUUUGUCCUCAAAGCUCUUCCUUACCAAGGAAGAACUACCAAAAUAGAGAAUUCAAGCUGGAUUCAAGAACUUGGAUUUGGUGGCGCUACUGUGAUGACUCUUCUUCAUGGCUAUUUUAACAAAUUUCAUAGAAUCACUAUCGAUAAUUGGUUCGUGUCUCCGACCUUGGCAUUGCGAUUGAAGCAACUUGGUACGUACAUACUUGGCACCGUACAGAAAAGAAGUAAGCUGAUGCCAAAAUGGACGGACAAAUUAGCAAAGGGACAAGUUGUGACUUAUUCUUCUUCAGACAUUUUAGUGGAACGGUGGUCUGACCGGAGAGAAGUGCUCAUGCUGAACACAUUUAUGGGACACCAAAUGGAAGAAAUCACAACCACAAACCCCAACAACAACCGAGAGAAACCAUCAACUGUUCUCGUUUAUAAUGCGACAAUAGGCGCUGUGGACAACGUCGACAGAAUGACUAAGCCAUUCACAUCUGUCCGCAAAUCUUUCAAGUGGUAUAAAAAAGUAUUCUUCUACUUCUUGGACAUUGCAAUUUACAAUUCGCACAUCAUUCACUCUUCUUUCCGCCCUACGAAGGAAAAAUUAAGUUAUAAAGACUUUGUACGAGUACUUGUCCGUGAAAUAUUAGAAAAAUAUCCACCACAACGUAGAUCAUUGGGGAGGAAGUCGAACACUCAGUCGGAACGGCGAAUCGGCACCCACUUUCCAAAAAAGAUUCUAAAAGACGAUUCCUCGGUCUUCCGGGACUGUCACCUCUGCGGUUUGGAAGGAAGAAGGUGUACAACAGCUUUCAGGUGCGAAACGUGUCUGAAAUUUUUCUGCAUAAAGAGCCAAGACUCGUGUUUCAAGAGAUUCCAUACACUUCCGAAACCACCGGUUAAAAGGAAACAUGCUUCCGCUACUGCAUCUUCAACAACGACCAGUCAAAGCCUCAUGGACCAAUCAGUACCUAGGUCAACUAACUCUGAAAUUGGAUUAGGAUUCGGUGAAGCGAAUGAAGUGAGAUUUCAUGAAGCGAAUUUUGAAUCACAUGUUGAAGAAAUGCAGGAGGAGGAAGAGCUGUUUUCUAUUUAA